UUUGUCCCUUCUCGUGAGCCAUACAACCAUUUAUCAGCUGAUCAGUCGGCUGAUCUAUCCUACUUAUAAGCUUCCCUCUUGAACUGCUGAAGUUUUUGUUGUUUCCAAAAAUGUUGUCGGCCUGGUGGAUUCUUCUAUCGGUUCUGGCGGUUGUGAGCGGGUCCAGCGUGUGUCCUUGUGAGACACCACAGCUGUGUCAGCAGAUCCAGAAGGAGAGAGAGUUUGAGGUGUUUGUAUUUGAUGUGGGUGGAAAAACAUGGAAGUCCUACAACUGGAACAUGGUGACGACUGUGGCCGCCUUUGGAGAUUAUGAUGCUGAGCUCAUGUGUUUUGCUCACUCUAAAGGUGCACGAGUUGUCCUCAAAGGCGAUUUUCAUCUCCCCUACAUCGUGGACCAAGCCAACAGAACCGCAUGGAUAACAAAGCAAAUCAGUCUGGCCAAGAGUCAGUUUAUGGAUGGGAUUAACAUUGAUAUUGAACAAGAGGUGGAUAAAGGCUCGCCAGAGUACUUUGCUCUGACAUCAGUGGUCAAAGAGACAACAGAGGCGUUCCACAGGGAAAUCCCAGGUUCUCAGGUUUCAUUUGAUGUUGCCUGGUCACCAAAAUGCAUUGACAAGCGCUGCUAUGAUUACAUCUCCAUCGCAGAAUACUGUGACCUACUGUUCGUGAUGUCCUACGACGAGCAGAGCCAGAUCAUCGGUGACUGCAUUGCAAUGGCAAAUGCUCCUCUCAAACAAACACUGAAGGGUUAUGAGGAAUAUUUGGAUCUAAAGAUUCAUUAUAAGAAGUUGGUGAUGGGAGUGCCGUGGUAUGGCUACGAUUACCCGUGUGUCAACCUUUCCCAGGAGGGAAUUUGCUACAUACCUCAGGUUCCUUUCCGUGGCGCUCCGUGCAGCGACGCAGCAGGAUCUCAAAAAAACUACGAGUGGAUCAUGAAGCAGCUCAAAAGCUCGUCAGGCAGGAUGUGGGACGACGAGCAGCAGGCCCCUUAUUUCAAUUACAAGGACCAGAGUGGGAAGGCUCAUCAGGUUUGGUAUGAUGACCCACAGAGCCUUUGUGCCAAAGCCAACUACGUGAUGCUUAAAGGCUUGAGGGGCAUCGGCAUGUGGAACGGAAACAUCCUGGACUACAGCGACGACCCAGACGCCCAGAAUCAGACCACGCAGAUGUGGAACGCACUUCUAGGAUGCUAACUGGAAAAAUUCAAACCUGCUGAUAAUUAGUGGCUUAUGCUGUUGUUGUUCGCUCCUCAGGGAUGCACACCUGCACUGAAUCCUUGUUUUUUAUAUUAUUGUAUUCACGACAGACUGUUCUGUUUUACUUUGUCAUAGAUAAAAAAAAAUCAAAUACUCUGGUUGGUCUCACUGGCUUUCUCUUUAAAUGGGAUUGUUGCAUUUUAAUGAGCAGCUACAUAGAAAAUAAGCAUCUCAUCUCUGUUUUUGGUUGUCACGGUAACAGGAAAAAGGUUUUAAACAAAGAAAACGUGGAUUUCAGCCUAAACAGGAAUAUGCAGAAGCAGUGCCUAUUUUAGCCUACUCUUAAAUAAUAUGUAUAUAUGUGCUAUUUCCUUUGAAUUGACUAUGUACAGUACAAUUUCAUUACAUCACUGUGACGAAGUGGUAUGGAUGAUUUCCCAUUCGUCCCUGUAAUUUAUUUCUGUAGCCUGCUGGCACUGUGAUGGGAUAUUUGAACUGAAAUGUGAAUAUUGCACUGGUGUGGAUGUAGUUACCACUUGGGAUUUCAUGUUUGCUUUGUAUCCAGAGCAGGUUGUGAGGGGAGGGGAGGGCCCACCCCACCCAGUACUACCUCCCUGGAUCACUCUAUGAUUGGCUGCUUCAUUUGGACAAACCAAAGGAAGUGGGAUUUGUUUCUUUGGUCUUAGUGUGGAAAUGUUUCUUGUAUUGUAAAAACAGUUUUGUCUUUUAUGUUAACAUUUAGGUACAUUUAUGUGGAUGUUCGUUUCCUUUUGGAUUUAAUGUUGGAGAACUGAUGAUUGGGGCUGAUUGUUUGCAGGUGUGAUUUUCUGGGGUAUUUAAAGGAAGCCAGGUGGAGGCUUGGGGAGGUUAUUUUGUUAUUGUGUGAUCUGUAAAAGGAAAGCAGUGAAAUAAAUGCCUGAGAAGCAUUUUUGGCUCUCAAGGAAAAAUGUC